UUUGCUUGCAAGAUGGUACCUUUCGUUCAGUCCACUGCCAUUGUCACUGAGAUUCUUACAAUGACCUGCAUUGCUGUGGAAAGACAUCAGGGAAUUGUGCACCCCCUAAAAAUGAAGUGGCAGUACACCAAUAAAAGAGCUUUCACGAUGCUUGGCAUAGUCUGGAUGCUGGCACUUAUUGUUGGGUCACCUAUGUGGCACGUGCAACGGCUUGAGGUUAAAUAUGACUUUCUAUAUGAAAAAGUGUAUGUUUGCUGCUUGGAAGAAUGGGCCAGUCCAAUUUAUCAGAAGAUAUAUACGACCUUUAUUCUUGUUAUACUAUUCCUUCUUCCACUGAUGUUGAUGCUUUUUUUGUACACUAAAAUUGGCUAUGAACUCUGGAUUAAGAAACGAGUGGGAGAUGCUUCAGUUCUUCAAACCAUUCAUGGGAGUGAGAUGUCUAAAAUAUCAAGGAAGAAGAAGCGAGCAAUUGUUAUGAUGGUGACAGUGGUGUUUCUCUUUGCAGUCUGUUGGGCCCCUUUCCAUGUGAUUCACAUGAUGAUAGAAUACAGUAAUUUUGAGAAGCAGUAUGAUGAUGUGACAGUCAAAAUGAUCUUUGCAAUCGUCCAAAUUAUAGGAUUCUUCAAUUCUAUUUGCAACCCUAUUGUCUAUGCUUUUAUGAAUGAAAACUUCAAGAAAAAUUUUUUGUCUGCCAUCUGCUUCUGCAUUGUCAAAAAAAAUGCAUCCCCAGGCAGGCAGCUUGGGAGCUCGGGGAUUAGUAUGAGGCAGCAAAGGGCAGGUGUGUGUCGCAGAGGUCCCGCUGAUGCAGAGGAGCCCAGGAGGGAGGCGUUCAGUGACGGCAACAUCGAAGUCAAGUUCUGUGAUCAGCCAGCUUCAAAAAAAACCUUGAAAAGGCACCUUACCUUAUUCAGCUCUGAGCUUCCUGUGCAUUCGGCAUUAGGAAACGAACAGUAGCAUCACAAAGGCUUUGAGCAUGGAAAAACAAAUUCUUCAUGUGAUAACUUUCAGUAAGCCAUUUAAAAUAGUUUUCUACUGUGUAUGCUGAAAUGAGGGGAAAACUAUUUUGUGGAGCAUUAUUAUGUUGGGAUAAUGGUUGAGAAAAUUUAAUAUUUUAAAAGGAUGAGGAGUAAAACGU